GAAAACCCGAAGUGCAGCGUUAAAAAGGCUAAAAACCAAGCACCCGACUAUCACCCCCUCUCCAGCGGACCCCUUCCAUCGUACCAUUUACAGUGGGGUGUCGUUCCCUGGUCUUCGAAUUGCAACACAUAGUACAACUCCGAUCGAGAGUCCCUCCAAUGGCAGACGCCGGUGCGCAUCAAAGCAGCAGAUCAAGGGACCUUGACAAGCUUCUCCUUCGGCCAGGGCAUCUCGUCGGCCCCGCCUUCGAACCAGGAACUGAAUUGAGGGACGAUAUUCAAGAGUAUGCUCGAAUAUUGGUUGUGGGUGCUGGUGGAUUGGGAUGUGAACUGCUGAAAGAUCUCGCUCUAUCGGGGUUUCGAAACCUUGAAGUUAUAGACAUGGAUAGAAUUGAAGUAUCCAACCUUAAUCGGCAAUUUCUUUUCAGGCUUGAGGAUGUUGGGAAGCCAAAAGCAGAGGUGGCUGCUAAACGCGUGAUGGAAAGAGUUAGUGGUGUAAAUAUUGUGCCACAUUUUUGCCGGAUUGAGGACAAACUGGAUGAGUUUUACAGUGAUUUCAUGAUUAUUGUGCUUGGUCUUGAUUCCAUUGAAGCUAGAAGUUACAUAAAUGAAGUGGCUUGUAGCUUUCUAGAAUACGACUCUAAUGGCAACCCACGUGAAGAGACCAUGAAGCCUAUGGUAGAUGGUGGAACUGAAGGUUUCAAGGGUCAUGCAAGGGUUAUCUUACCUGGGAUAACACCAUGCUUUCAAUGCACUAUUUGGCUUUUUCCUCCACAGGUCAAGUACCCCUUAUGUACUCUGGCAGAAACCCCAAGAACCGCACCUCAUUGCAUUGAAUAUGCUCACCUAAUCAAAUGGGACGAGGUGCAUAGUGGGAAAACCUUUGAUCCUGAUAAUCCUCAACAUAUGCAGUGGGUGUAUUCAGAGGCUCUUAAGAGAGCAGCACUUUUCAGCAUUCCAGGAGUCACAUAUACUCUGACACAGGGUGUGGUGAAGAAUAUUAUACCUGCUAUAGCUUCUACAAAUGCAAUAAUAUCAGCUGCAUGUGCUCUUGAAACUUUGAAGAUUGCAUCAGGAUGCAGUAAAACAUUAUCAAAUUAUUUAACGUAUAAUGGUGUUGAAGGUCUCCAUACUAAAGUGACAGAGUUUGUGAGGGAUAAAGAGUGUCUUAUGUGUGGUCCUGGCAUUUUUAUGGAGCUGGAAACCUCCGACACGUUGAAAAUGUUGAUGGAUAAACUUGGGGACGAACCACAGCUACUGAUGUCGGGAGUGAGCGUGAAACACGGAGGGAAGACACUGUACAUGCAAGCACCUCCAGAACUAGAAGCAAUGACGCGCUCAAACCUCAGCAUAUCAUUAUUUAAGUUGAUGGAGGAAUCUCCAAAGGGUAUCCUGCAUGUCACUGGAACAGCCGGGAAGCCUGGCAAACGACAAUCUUGCUCCACAAAACUGCGUGUAGCCUUUAAGGGUGUUGCUGGAAUUAAGGAUACUGACAUGGCUGGUGGAGCAUAACAUUUAUUUUUCAACCAUCAACACUCACCAAUGUUAUUUCAUCACUAGAAGAAAGAAAGAAAGACUUAUUGUUAUUUAUUAUUUAUAUUUUAUAAUAUAACUCUCUGCGCUAUUUAUGUUUUCUUUA